AUAACAUCAAAUCGAAAUACUAUACAUACUCUAGGGCUUCAGGUUUUUGAUAUUUCGCCGUCCUUCUCCUCCGCCGCUAUAACCCGCCACCAUCUCCGUCAGAGAUGGCAGAAGAGAAUCCAAAGCCUCUGAAUUACAUCCCUGAGGUUAUACUUAAGAAGCGCAAAAACAGGGAAGCAUGGGCGUUGAGAAAGAAAGAACAAUUCCAGCAAAAGAAGUUUCAAUCCAUCAAGAAGCCCGAGGAUUUCAUCCACGAGUAUCGCAACCAGGAAGUGGACCUCAUUAGGAUGAAACGAAGGGUGAAGAGAAAACUUCCUACAGUUAACUCCAACCUAUUGAUAAUCAUUCGGAUACAGGGGAAAAAGGACAUGCAUCCGAGGACAAGGAAGGUGAUGUACAGUUUGGGUUUGAGGAGUAUGUUCAGUGCUGUUCUUGUGAAGCCAAGUGAGGGAGUAAUGGCCAAGCUGCAGAGGGUGGAACCAUAUGUGACUUAUGGAUAUCCAAACCUUAAAAGCAUAAAAGAGCUAAUUUACAAGAAAGGACUUGCCAGGAUUGGUGGACAGAGAGUUCCCUUGACAGAUAAUAACGUUAUUGAACAGGAAUUAGGAAAGUUUGGUAUUGUCUGCAUAGAGGACAUGGUGCAUCAGCUAUAUAAUGCUGGUCCCCACUUUAAGGAAGUUGUCAGAUUUAUGUGGCCCUUUGUACUCAACAAGCCAGCUGAAGGAUUGAAAGGAUCAAAAGCCCUAUUCAAGGAGGGUGGAGACACGGGGAACCGUGAGGAUCUCAUCAACGAACUAAUGGAUAAAAUGAAUUAGUGUCCGUUGUCGUCUCAAAAUUUUGAUGUUCAGUAUGUCCAUGGGAUGAUCCUAUGUCCCAGCAUCUCAGUUUUUAAGUAACCAAUUUAUUACCUAGAAAACGUAUCUUUACAGUCUUAGAUAACUGCAUGUACCUUUUAGGCAUUUGGAGAAGAGAGGGAUACACGGGCAUGGUAUGCUCUGGGGCUUCAAUUAGCGAAUUCUCAAUAUAUUUUAAAUGUCACGAAUGAUGAUUGAAGUCUGAAUGAAAAUUUCAUUGUAGGGAGGUUUGAACGUUUUCAGACAUUAAGAACUUUAAUAUCAAAGUACUUUAUUCUUGCU